CUACACACAAAGAAAUUAAAGCCUAAUAAACCAAAUUAACUAAACACAUAUCACACAACAAACCACAUAUAAUAGUACCACAAGCCAACAAGUUCACACACCCCUUGUCAUAUUCCACAAUAUAAAUCCAGUUCCCCAUCCCUGAUUCCACCAAAAAAAAAAAAAAAAGAAAAAAACCACCGCGGCCACCACUGCCGCUGCCGGCAAAAUGUCCUCCAUGGUCGAAAAGCCGGUGAGCUUAAAACAAGACGACGAUGGCGAUGGACCAUCCUUUUAUUUCCCCCACAAGAAUAAUGACAGCUACGACUUGAACAGCAAGAUCAUGGUCGUCGCCAUAGUCUCCCUCUCCGUCGUCAUCCUCCUCGUCCUCGCCCUCCACAUCUACGCCCGUCGCGUCCUCCGCCACCAGGCCCGCCGCCGCCGAGCCGCCAUCCACAGUCUCGGCCUAACCGUGGCCCACGCCCGCUCCGCCGAUACUCAUCAGCCCCCCAAGACCGGCCUCGACCCCUCGCUCAUCGCAUCCUUGCCCGUCUUCGCCUUCCGUCCCAACGCAACGUCGUCGCCGUCGGUUGAGUGCGCCGUCUGUCUAAACGCCUUGGACGUCGGAGACAUGGCGAGGCUACUGCCAAACUGUAAGCACACGUUCCACGUCGAGUGUAUCGACAAGUGGCUGAGCACUCAGUCGACCUGCCCGAUUUGCCGGAGCGAGGUAGAGCCACGGCGGCUCGAUCCCGAGCCCCGCGAGGGCCCGGCGGAGAGUUCUACUACCCCACCGUCGGCUCCGCCGUUGGAGCGGUUGAAUUCUAUGUCGUCGGGCAUGGAAGGUACGUCGUCGGAUAUAAAUUCUGGUAAAGUGGUGAGAAAUAAUUCGAGCAGGUUGAGUUCUUUUCGGAGAAUGCUUAGUGGGGACAGAUCGUCGAGGAGAAUUCUGCCUUGUGGUCAACAAGAUGAUCAGGAUGUUAUCGAAGAUUUAGAAAGACGGUGAUUAGUUAAUAUUAAUCCAGCUAUAAUCAAAGGCACAAGAAAGUGUGGGGAAGACUGAAGAGACCGGCCCUGGUGAUCAAAAUCAAGAUCUGACAGAAAUGGGGUAUGAAUUUGUGAAUUAAAUAGAGAUAAAAAAAUAAAGGGUAUGCUCUCUGGUCUCUAGAUAAACCUAUAUACAAGGUAAAAAAGGGGUAAAUUACCCACUUUAAAAGUAUUUUACCUUCUGCCAAACCAUUUGAGAGUAAGCCCAA